AUGACGCUUUCAUGGUCUAUGGACCAGGUGCUAGUUGCAAAUCGAAUAUCUGCGGAGUUGCACGAAUUAGCUAAGCGGGGCGACAAAGAGGCAUGCAUCUCUUAUCUGGUAAACGAGCUUCGCUCCUAUGGUCUGAAUGCACAUACACAAGCCUAUGCAUACUACGUGCCCGGCUCAGAUGAGCCCUUGCGCGGCGUCAAUAUUUAUGCUCGCUCGCAUACGCCGCAAAUAGAUGGGCGGGAAGCUUUAUUAUUAGCUGCGAGCUGGAGAAGUCACUGGCAAGGGAAUGCAACGUCCGAUGAAAUGGAGCUGCCAUUUGUCCCAGAUGAUGGUCAGCGACGUGCCAUUAACGUGCGAGGCAUAUCUCUUUUGUUGGCACUUGCCAAACAUACAUCGAGCAUUCCAUUCUGGAGCAAGGACCUAAUGUUUGUUAUUAGUGAUGGCUUCUUGGAUGGUAUGCAGGCGUGGGCAACGCAGUACUUUGGACUUGAGCAACCAAACCUUGAUGCCGAGCCUAUCCUUUGCACGGGUGCACAGAUUUGGAAUGCGCUUGCUUUAGACUAUCCCGCUGACUCAUUUUCGUCGUUUGCAUUUCUUUUUGAGGGUCGUGAUGGCCUUCUCCCGAAUCUCGAUACCGUAAACACGAUCUCAAACAUCGCUCGUUCUGAUCUAUUGUCGCCAGCCGUGGAGCUGCAUGGUCUAUCGACAAAGGGCCCACUGCGUUUCUUGCGUGCCAAUGCACUGCCGUCUUGGGUGCCUGUGGCGUGGAUCGAGCGCAAAUGGCUUGGUUACAAUGGAGUUGACAGGUUUUUGGUUGGCUGGAGAAACAUUCUUGCACAGUUACGUUUACAACUAGCGGGUCAUCCUAGUGGAAUACAUGGUGUGCUGCUACCAUUCCAUGUCGAUGGUGUAACUAUCUUUGGUGAACCCGCCUCCGGUCCUUAUGGAUUUAUCGAGCUAGGCCGCAUAUCAGAAUCAACGAUGCGCUCUUUUUCCAACCUACUGGAGCGGCUACAUCACUCGCAGUUCUUCUAUUUGUUGGCCUCGCCUUGGCGGUUCGUCCAGAUCGGCGUUUUCUUGUUCGUCCCGCUCUUUCUUGCAGCUGCUCUCACGCUCAAGGGUAUUGCUGUAUGGAGCCAACUCGGUUCCUUGCGACAAAAACAACGCAAUGCUCUGCGUCGCCAAUAUACCAAAAGUGUCCCACUAUUGGCUGAGCCAACGUAUGAUGAAUUCGCUCAGCUAUGCAACGAUGAGGAGCAGCGUGCUCGUUUUCGUUCUUAUGACCGGCCUGUCAUAAUGGUUCUCUUGCUCAUGGGCGUUUGCCAUGGCAUAGGCGGUGUCAUUUUGGCGCUUUUGUCUCGCACCCCCAUCGACUGUGCCGCAGCACUUGGUCUUGGCUCAUGCAGGCCGCUGCUAUGGAUAUUGUUGUGUUCAUUGCUUUCACCAGUCAUCAUGGCAUGCUACGCACGUUUUUGGAAAGGUGCUACACUCCUGUCCUUGGCCAUGUGCUUACAUGCAUUCACGCUCUUGAAUGCAGGUAUGGUGAUUAGUGUGCUUGCGACACUUAAUUUUGCGCAGGCUACUACUAUGGCCCUGCUUUUAUGUGCAACGCUUUAUCCUGUGUGUGUGCUGCAUGAUCGUUCCUUUUUUCGAUCUGCCUGGUACCUUCUUCAGGGGAUUAGUCUCGUGCUAGUAUCGCCGCCAAUUCUCACUAUAGCAGCGACAUUUCUUCCUCGUGCAUGGCUUUCAGGUCUUGAUGUCGAGCAUAUUCUGCGCGCUGCCUUGUGGGACUUCCAUGUCCUGCGCACGUCGAUGCUGCAUAUUUUAUGUCUCGGAUAUGCACCUAUGAUUCUUCAAGGCGCUACGGCUUGCCUUUUGUAUAGUCUCAGUUAA